UCGUGACUUACCAUAGUAAUGUCUUCUCCCUGUGAGGGGCUGAUUUAUCCCACAACACAGCCUUAACCACGUGGAAAUCUAAAGUGUGGGCAGCUCUUGUCUAGAGCUCCAGAACGUCGUUGAAGCGCUGAAGUGAAACAAACAAGCCAUUACCUGCAUCGGUUAAUGUUAUUAUAGUAGACUAACUUGCGACUGGCGUUGAGCUCCUGCGUAAGGCUUUACGCACCAUGCGCCUUGUGUGACUGGAAGCUGUGUGAUUUCGCAUCUUUUUGCACGCAGAGAUGUUGCAUUGGGAGACAGUGCAUGAAUGAAGAAACCGUACACUCACUGACUAGGACGUCACAAUCCGUUCUGUACACUACAUAAGAUUUAAGAUAAAAAGCACACCCUUCUGUUCUGGGCACAUUCCUUGGUUCCCCCCCGAUCCUCCACCACCUUCACCUCUUUGAAGGAGCUCCUGUUUUGCAGCCAUGCCAAAGAACACCAAGGUGACCCAGCGGGAGCACACCAAUGAGCCGGUCACUGAGUCUGUGGCUGACCUGCUGUCCCUGGAGCACCCCAUGGACUAUAAGAGCAGUCAGAUGAGUAUGGGCCUGAGUCCUGGCUCUACUGCUCCAGUGAAGCCCCUGCUACCCUCCCCUGACCCAGAUGCUGAGGAUGGCCGACCGGCAUGGAACAACAAGCUGGAGUACAUCCUGGCACAAGUUGGCUUCUCUGUGGGUCUGGGUAACGUCUGGAGGUUUCCAUACCUAUGCCAGAAGAAUGGCGGAGGUGCAUACCUGGUACCCUACUUUAUUCUCCUCUUACUCAUCGGCAUCCCCUUGUUCUUUCUGGAGCUGGCAGUGGGUCAAAGGAUCAGGCGUGGCAGCAUUGGGGUGUGGAACUACGUUUGCCCACAGCUGGGAGGCAUCGGGGUCUCCAGUCUGAUGGUUUGCGGCUUUGUGGGCCUCUAUUAUAAUGUGAUUAUCGGCUGGGGGAGCUUCGAGAGAAAUGGAACCCAAGCCAUCGUGGAGCCAGAGUGUGAGAGGAGCUCAGCCACCACUUACUUCUGGUACCGCCAGACUCUGAACAUCACCAGCACCAUCGAUGACUCUGGCGGCCUGAACUGGAAGAUGACCCUGUCUCUGUUUGUGGCGUGGAUCUUGGUCUGCUUGGCUGUCAUCAAAGGCAUCCAGUCCUCUGGGAAGGUGAUGUACUUCAGCUCCCUCUUCCCGUAUGUGGUGCUUUUCUGUUUCCUGGUACAAGGCUUGCUGCUGAAAGGAGCUGUGGAUGGCAUUGCGCACAUGUUCACUCCUAAGCUGGAAAAGAUGUUGGAGCCACAGGUGUGGAGAGAAGCAGCCACGCAGGUCUUCUUUGCCCUCGGUCUAGGUUUUGGAGGUGUCAUUGCUUUCUCCAGCUACAACAAGCGAGACAACAACUGCCACUUUGAUGCAGCACUGGUCUCCAUAAUCAACUUUGUUACCUCCAUCCUGGCCACAUUAGUGGUGUUUGCUGUCCUGGGGUUUAAGGCAAACGUUAUGAACGAGAAGUGUGUUGUCGAGUGAGCACGGAAUAUCCUGGGCUACCUGAACACUGGUGUGCUGAGCAGAGAGAUAAUCCCUUUACACAUCAACUUCUCCCACCUGUCUGCCCAGGACUAUGCAGAGAUGUAUGGCGUCAUUAAGACAGUAAAAGAGGACAGCUUUGGCCAGCUGGGCCUGGACUCUUGCGUGCUGGAGGACGAACUCAACAAGGCGGUUCAGGGCACUGGCCUGGCAUUCAUUGCCUUCACGGAGGCCAUGACACAUUUCCCUGCCAGUCCUUUUUGGUCUGUCAUGUUCUUCUUCAUGCUGAUCAACUUGGGGUUAGGAAGCAUGAUUGGCACCAUGACUGGCAUCACCACGCCCAUACUGGACGCUUUCAAGAUCCGAAAGGAGAUCCUCUGUGUGGUUUGCUGUGUCAUAGCCUUCCUGUUAGGCCUGUUGUUCGUGCAGCGUUCAGGGAACUACUUUGUCGCCAUGUUUGAUGACUAUUCAGCUGGUCUGCCUCUCACUGUGGUGGUGAUCCUGGAGAACAUCUCUGUAGCCUGGAUCUACGGCACUAAGAGGUUCAUGCAGGACUUGGAGGACAUGCUUGGUUUCAGGCCAUAUGCUUUCUAUUACUACAUGUGGCAGUACGUGUCGCCAGCUAUCUUGGUGGUGCUUAUCACUUCCACCAUUAUCGAGAUGGCCGUCAUUCCUGCAGGAUAUAAUGUCUGGGUGCAGUCUGAGGGCACAGAGCAUUUCCAGAGCUAUCCUCCCUGGGCUUUAGCCAUGGCCUAUGCCCUCAUUGUUGUGGCCAUGCUGCCUUUACCUAUGGUCUUCAUCGCCCGCCAGUUCAACCUGAUCUCAGACGGCUCCAACAAGCUGUCUGUCUCCUAUUGUAAAGGCAUGAUGAAGGACAUCUCCAACCUGGAAGAACAGGAUGAGCAGCGCUUCAUCCUCAGUAAGAACCCCAGUGAGGCUCCCUCUCCAAUGCCCCCCCACCGUGCUUACCUGGGUCCUGGUGGCACCCAGGAGAUGACCAACACCAACUACGGCACCAGCGCCAAGACGGGCUAUCAGAACAUCGUCUCACCUGAGUCUGAGCUAUAAUUGACUGAGCUCCUAGAUCCUCCCAUCCAUUAGAUGGGAGACAGGGUGAAAAGGGCGGAAACAUAGGAAGUCAAGAGGGAAAGAAAAUCCACUGCCAGCUGUUGCAGCACUCAUCCCACCUUAACCCCCAGAACUCUGUCCAUCCCCCCCUUCUCUACCCCAUCACUCCUUGCCUGUGGUUCUCCCCUUCGUCCCCACUGUAGAAUCUGUGCUGCUAAUUGUUUGUCAGUCCCAACUGAGAUGACGGGAUCAAUGGAAUGUGAGCCCCGCCAGAUAUGACAACCUUUUCUUUCCUUUCAAGGUAUUACAGUGGUAGAGAUGUCAGCAGAUGGAGAGGUCCAUUGCACUGUUAGAUUGUACAAGUUUUGUUGUGUACUAAGCUCUGGAUGAGAUACAGGUGUGUGCAACGCCAAAACACUUAGCUGUAUGUUUUUAAGCAAUCCCAUGUACUCAUCAGUCUGGAGAAGGUUAUUUCUGAGACAGCUCUAGAAGAUCAUCCUCAUAUUCUGGUUCAGUUGGUUUGGUAUUUAUGGGAAGAGGAUGGAAGGAGAUGCAGAAAAAACACUCGUCUUGUCCUGAUCUGUAUCACUGUACAUGUAUGAGAACACUUCUCAUCGUGCAAACAAAAUGACAUUGAUUGACACAUUGAUUCAUAAAAAUAUGUAAUACAUGAUUCUGACAGUGUGAACAGUGUUACCGUCCAAUUAUAUCUUUAAGUUUCUUGUGCCUAUCAUGCAUCAGCAAUAAUAACCAAUCAAAAUAAGGUCCCCAUAAAACUGUGGAUCUCCUUCUAUCCCUACUUUCCCCAUUGAUGUAGAAUUCUGUACAUACAUGUGCAAUAGUCUGAGAUGUCAUCAUAAAUCGUAUAUAUACAGUACAAUACUGCAGUGCAAAACAAGGGAAAAACAUUCCCCAUAUUCAUGAACACUGAAGCACAGAUGCCCACUAUUGUUAGAGUGUCUCUGAGCCUUAACACAGAGUGGCACUAUUAUUUUCAACAACCUUUCUCCUUGAUACAAACAGACUCUAGAGUUAUUGCCAGCAGCACUGCACACAUUGUUUCUGUGCUGUUCCAGUCACAGCUGGCCUAGACAAAGUUUUUCCAUUUUAAUCAAUCAUUUUCAUCAAGCAUUUUCCUUUUAAUCAAUGCCUUAGAAGGACAAAGGUGUAGGUGGAUGACUAGACAUAAGCAGAGCAGCUUGUUUUUAAUCAGCAGGCACCUUCACACUUGCCUGUCUCGUGUUAGAGAGGCAGACAGAAGAGGAUUUGUCUUUGUGUGUGUGCAGAUGUGCAUGCAUGAGUGUGCGUUGUUGUCUGCCAGUGAAUGAGAGCUCCCGGUGACCCUGCCGGUUUAAAAAUAGAGCUGCAUUACCCAGGGGAAGCCGUGGCAACACACCAUAGAUACAGAUCCUCUUCUGAUAUGGAGGAGGGAGAGGAGAGCGGACAUCUUGCUUUGUCUGCUCCACCUGCAUGGCUGUUUGUUCAGCAAUACAGAAAUUAGACAUUUAAAUGUCAAUGUCUUACAAGACUAUCUCUCUAAUGUUGUUAAGAUGCAUUAAGUAACAUGUUCACUGCCAUGAUGGACUGUGGAUCAAUCAUUCUUUAUCCCUGAGAGGAUGAUGUUUUAAUUCUUGCACAUUCCUCAAAUUGUGACCAUUAUGGACAUCAUUUCAUAAACACCACAGUCAUUUUUAUGUCUUUCUGUGAACAAAGGUGUGAAAACUGACACUUUUUUAUUUUCAAUGUUGUAUGGCUGUUUAUGUUUAGGGGUAUAAUGUGUCAAAUGUACUGUGGUGUAUAUAAGCUGUAAUGUGUGGUUUUCACCACUGGGUGUCUCUGCUGGUCAAUGGACAAGCCAGUGACACACUGGCUCAGUCUUGUGGCCCCUCCCUGAGUCAACACCAGUACCUGAGACUGAACAGAUGUACUGUAGUAUGAAGCACAGUCAGUCACAUUGUUUGGUGCCUGAACAUCUCUGUUGUCUGGUUUGCCUUAUGCUUCUGUCAUUUGGUUUUCUUGAUCAUGUGGUGUGUUUACGUGGCAUUGGACCAGUGUCUCGUUUCCUUCACUUGAGCACUUUAAUUAAGUAGAGACCCUGGAGUUGCUUGUUAAGCACACAUUCAACAGACCUUUUAAGACUUUACAGAAUGUAAAUAUCUAUCUAUCUAUCUAUCUAUCUAUCUAUCUAAUCUAUCGAUAGGGAAGCACAGUGGUUAGCACUGUUGUCUCAUGGCAGAAGACUCCGGCUGACCCGGGGCUUUUUGUGCAGAGUCUACAUGUUCUCCCUGUGCCUGCGUGGGUUCUCUUUGGGUACUCCAGCUUCCUCCCACAGUCCAAACACAUGCA